AUGGCUGCUGUGAGGCUUCGGGAGCUGGCUUCAUCUCAACUGUACCGGCGUCGGUAUGAGCGUAACAGCGGCGUGCUGGAGCUAUGGCAGAGCCGGACUGAGUCCAAGAGCAGGAGACCGGGUUUCUUUCAGUUUGAAGGCAGGAAGUAUUGUGAACAUGAUUUCCAGAUGCUCUUUGCACCUUGCUGUGGACAAUGCGGGGAGUUCAUCAUUGGCCGUGUCAUCAAAGCAAUGAACAAUAAUUGGCACCCGGACUGUUUCUGCUGUGAGAUUUGCUCUGUGGCUCUGGCUGACCUGGGCUUUGUCAAAAAUGCAGGCAGGCAUCUCUGCAGACCCUGUCACAACCGAGAGAAGGCAAAGCGCCUUGGCCAGUAUAUCUGUCAGAAAUGCCACCUCAUCAUUGAUGAACUGCCACUAAUGUACAAGAGUGAUGCUUAUCACGCUGAUCAUUUCAACUGUACCCACUGUGGGAAGGAGCUGACAGCUGAGGCUCGAGAGCUGAAAGGGGAACUCUACUGUCUCCCCUGCCAUGACAAAAUGGGCAUCCCAAUCUGCGGAGCGUGUCGUCGACCUAUUGAAGGGCGAGUGGUGAAUGCUUUGGGGAAACAGUGGCAUGUUGAGCAUUUUGUUUGUGCAAAAUGUGAGAAGCCAUUUCUGGGACAUCAUCACUUUGAGCGGAAAGGACUGGCCUAUUGUGAGAAACAUUACAACCAGCUGUUUGGAGACGUUUGUUAUCACUGCAACCAUGUGAUUGAGGGAGAUGUGGUCUCGGCUCUGAACAAGACCUGGUGUGUUCAGUGCUUUGCCUGCUCCACCUGCAGCACCAAACUCACCCUGAAGAAUAAAUUUGUGGAGUUCGAGAUGAAGCCUGUGUGUAAGAGAUGCUACGAGAAGUUCCCCUUGGAACUGAAGAAGCGACUGAAGAAAAUGUCUGAGAAGAGUGGUCGCAAGUGAGGCCCACUUAAGAGAGUUCAUUAGUCCCCCGCUCCAGUCUAUUCCAAAUGGUUCCUCUGUACUCCAAUGCCAGCCAGAUUACACUCUGGAAAGCAAUGAUCAAUGUGAGAGACAAAAGUGUAUGUUUAACUGAAGAUAAUACUUUAUAAUCAUUAUAACCCUAUUUAAAUAUAUAUAUAUGUAUCUUUGUAUAUGUGGUAUGUUGAGGGAAUAAUGCAGGUUAACUGUUUAAAUAUUGCCUUUCCAAUGAUAGGACCCAGGUUUGAGUCUAUUCCAGACUGACUGGAAAAAUCCUACCUCAGUCUGUAAGAAUCAAAGUUAAAAUCUGCCAACACUCUUUGUAAUGGCACAGACUCUUCACCCUUGAUAAAUUCAGAGCUUCCGUCUGAUCAGAACUGAUAACCUGACCUUUCUCUCUCUUCACUGAUAACCCGAUUUCGCUCUCUCUUCAAUGAUGGCUCAUUCUCGCUCUCCGUAGAGAGCCCAGCGACAACAGCAGAUUGCAUUUAUAUAGCACCUUUAUCAUAGUGAAAGGCUCCCUCUUUAUUUGGUUUCCAGUGUUAGCCAUAUUUGACCUGUUUUUGCAUUGAAUUAAUUGUCAGUGCGCAUUAACAUCAUAUUUUAACUCUCAAUGAUAACAGACAUGUCCCAUGGGUGUAUGAGAAACAGAAAUGGAACAUUUUGGAAUGAGUUUUUGCGUGGGACCCAUGCAGGGGGUAUUAACUCUGAUAUAUAACCUGUGUAAUGCCUGACCUAGGAAUGCUUAGUGGUACAGCUUAGAGGGGGCUUUACCCUGCGUCUAAUCCAAGCUACACCUGAAUGGGCUACCAAAUCAGGCAGAGUAGAUGGAGCUGUGCUUUCUAUACACUUGCUUUGGAGCCCUUAACCUCACAAUGCUGAGAAAGCUUCACUUUGCCACUAACGUGCACUGGGAAUGAUUGAAGGGACUGCUUGACGUAAGUUUUAUCCAUCCUGUUCCUAACUUGGGGAGUUGCCAGAGUGCAAAAAUUGGGACACUUUGAACUCAUUACUAGUGUCACCCUCAUAAAAAUCACUAACCAUAAUCCAAUUUAAGUGGCUGCACUGUGAAAUCCGUAAUGUUCUCAGACAGCUGUCAGGAUAUGUGUUUUGGGUGAAAGGUCAUUCCUCAGAGUCUGAAAUGGGAGAUUUAGCUCAAUGAUUGUUAUCGCGACUCACAAUAUCUCCGCACACUGCAACUAAUUCUGGGCAAUGCACGAAUAAAGGCACAGAAUAGCUGGUCAGACACUGCCAGUAUAUGAGCUGUGUGCUCCUUCAUAUAGUGUAACGGGACCUAAUAGAAUUAUAGAUGAAAACAGGCCUGUCUGCCUGUUGGAGAAUGGAAAUCAAUCAAGGGCUCUAUCACCAACUGAGCCUAACCCUGCUUCCUUUGCUUGAUUGAGAUAGAUUCAAAAAACGUGCUCUUAUUGCAUAUUGGUGAAAUUUGUAGCCUUUUCAAAAUAUAAACAAAAAAGCAACACCCAAUUAAAACCAAAGCUUCCACCCUCAGCUUUAAAAUUAAUGAAGAAUUAAAUCAUAAGAUGCAAAUUUAUAAACUUAAACUCUAGGCGGCAUUAGAGAAGGUGCAAAAAGCCUUACUUGAAUGGUUCCAGAGGUGAGGGAAUUCAGUUCCAUGGAUAGAUUGGGGAAAUUGGACCCUUAGUCCAGGGGUGAUGAGGUCAAACUCUAAAGCCAAUGUUACCAAUAUCAGCCGAGUCAGUGCGGACUGGGGGUGGAACCUGCCCCUUAAGUUCCAGUCAACUACCAGGGUUGUGAGGGGACAGGAGUUGGGGGGCAGCUUUGAAGCUAGGCCUACUCGCUGAUUGCCCUCUGUCUCUUGCCUCAUCCACUUCAUUGUGCUGAGGUUAGGCCUUUCUCACCCACAGCUAUCUUAACAAAACUCCUGAUGCUAUUAGGUUCUGAGGAAGGCUCUACAACAAAACGUCUUUUACCAGAUCCAAAAUCCUGGAACUCCCUCCCUAACAGCACUGUGGGUGUACCUACACCACAUGGACUGCAAUGGUUCAAGACGGCAGCUCACCACCACCUUCUCAAGGGUAAUUAGGGAAGGGCACAUCCCGUGAAUGAAUUUUUAAAAAAUUCCUAUAUCCCUAAUGUAUUUAUCCAACUUCUCCUUGAUUGCAUUGAUAUUAUUUUCCUUGACUACUCCCUGUGAUAGCGAGUUUCACAUUCUACAACUCUCCUGCAAAGAAAGUUUCUCUUCAAUUCUCUCAAUGGAGUUUCUUUUCAAUGGAUUGAUUUGGUGACUAUUUUAUAUUUGUGGUCUCAAGUUUUGGUGUGCCCCACAAGUGGAAGCAGCUUCCCUAAGUCAAUAUCAACUCCCUUCAUAACUUUAAAGCCCUCCAUCAGGUCACCCAUUGGCCAUCUUUUCUAGAGAAAAGAGCCACAGCCUCUUUCCUGAUAAGUAUAUCCUCUCACUUCUAGUAUCAAUCUUGUGUAUUUUUAUUUGCAUCUUCUCCACAAUGCCUCCACAUCCUUUGUGUAACUUAUAGGGCAGAACUAUGCACUCUGUCAGGUCAUCCAAACAGACUGGGACUUCCCAGCUUUGAGCCCUGGAAUAUGUCAAGUUAGCUGAUCUCACGUGUACCCCUACAAUUGAUUUUGAUGAUCCUGGUUACUCUCCAGGGACCCUGUUGGAAGUGAAUGUAUGUGGAUGAUGUUUGAGACCCAGAUUAGGUGUGCCUGAUGUGAUGCCCCUUUCUGUUGAAGAGCAACACAUGGCUUGGGGUCUGAGGUCCAUGGAUUGGACGCCAGUUCCUUCAGGAGUGUGGACGAGUGGUGCAAAUUGGCAAAGGAAAAAGGAAAGUGAAUCAUUUGUGUUCCUGUCCAAAUGACCAAUCUGUGAUCAGCAAUGUGUAGGCUCUUAAAGAGUUCAGAGUGCAAAUGUUAGUCAAGAUCACCAGACUAUCGUGAGAAGUGGAAAUGAUGGACCCUCCGUUACACAAUAGGUACCAGACAAUCAUAGGCUUUGCCUUCAAACCAGUCUGAUGGGUGUCUAGGGAUGAGGUGGCCCCACAAUUUCACAUGUAUCUGGUGUUAGCUCUAGACCCAUUCAGUGCCAUAACUUAUGAGGUUCUCUUGUUAGAGCUGAAUCUAGUGAUAAUGGGAGCUUUUGUUUCCACAGCAGAUAUUACUGAUUGUGGUCGACAGCUGCGUAAAGUUAAUAUUUGUAAACUGUUUAUAACUCUUUCCUGUUCUGUUUACACAACCUCAGUAAAGGAUACAACAGUU